GCGGAUUGUCCAACAGGAAGUCGUGACAGUAGACUGCAAGGAGGCCAUAUCGUCACGUGUAAUUCUUCAAAAUGCUGCGUCGAGAGGUGAGACUGAGGAAGGAAUACCUGUACAGAAAAGCCCAGGAGGACAGAUUGUGCACUAUUGAAGAGAAGAAACAGAAGCUCAAAUCUUCUUUGGAUGAAAACCGUCUUAUACCCACUGAGGUUCGGAAAGAGGCUUUAGAGCUACAGAAACUGUUGGAGUUUGAUGAUGAGGGUGGAGAAGGUAUCAGCUCUCAUAUGGAUGAUGAGUACAAAUGGGCAGGAGUGGAAGACCCUAAAGUCAUGGUCACAACAUCCAGAGACCCCAGUUCCAGACUCAAGAUGUUUGCCAAAGAAAUGAAGCUCAUGUUUCCUGGAGCUCAGCGUAUGAACAGAGGAAACCAUGAGGUUAAAACAUUAGUACAUGCAUGCAAAGCUAAUAGUGUCACUGACCUUGUCAUUGUCCAUGAGACAAGAGGCCAGCCAGAUGGUUUGGUGGUAUGCCACCUCCCUUUUGGGCCAACAGCAUACUUCACAUUGUAUAAUGUGGUAAUGAGACAUGAUGUUCCCGAUAUCGGGACCAUGUCUGAAGCCUACCCUCACCUAAUCUUUCACAACUUCUCAUCACGUCUUGGAAGAAGGGUGUCCAACAUCCUUAAGUACCUGUUUCCAGUACCGAAAGAGGAUAGUAGACGUGUUAUUACAUUCGCAAAUACAGAUGACUUCAUCUCUUACAGACACCACACCUACAAGAAAACGGACCACAAAAACAUUGAGUUGUCAGAAGUUGGACCAAGAUUUGAAAUGAAAUUGUACAUGAUCAAGCUCGGCACGCUGGAAAAUGAGAAUACUGCUGAUGUUGAAUGGCGACACCACUCUUACACACGUACUGCCAAAAAGAGGAAAUUCUUGAGUGUGGAGUAGACAUUUUAUAUUUGUCAGAAAUGUGUAUUGGUCAAUCCUUAUUGAUAUUUCCAAAUGAAUUCCACCUACAUAGUGUUCAUCAUUUUUUAUGUUUUUUUCUUCAUUUAAUUGUGACACUUACAAAUUUGGAAGCAAGGUGGGGAAAUUGCUGUCUGCAGAACGAUGUUAUUAUAUGGUUUACAAUUAAGAAUUUUGUACAGCACUCACUAAACAUUAAAACAACUUAACCAUGUAUUUGCUUUGUAUAAUUUCUUCAUUAUGCUUUAUCAAAUGUGGUUUUGCAAAGUUUGUAUUGAAAACAUUUUUGGCAGUUUGUGCUCCAGUAUAAGGAUUUUGUUCAGUUGUCAUUUUUCAAACCUUUUCAGCUUAUUUCCGUUAAUGGAGCACAAAAGUAGAUGUUAGGCAGGAGUGUUAGGGACUGACAAACUCAGUCACCAUUCACUUCAAUUGCAUCUUGGGUCUAUGUAAUGAAAGUGAAUUGUGACUAAGGCUGUCAGUUCCUAAUAUCUGUCUUUGUGUUCCAGAAAAGAGUGUCAUCACUCAACAUGAGUGUGAGUAAAUGAUGACCGAUUUUGUUUGGGUGAACUAUAUAUAACGACAUAUAAAUGCAUAAAUCACACCUCACACAUUUAGAGAGUUUCUAAGAAGAACUGAAGUUUCAAUAAACAUGUAUUUAAACUAUCGGGCAGGAACUUUCUUUGAAAUCCGUAUAAACAUUUGGAACAA